GCUUUACGACAAGACGUGACAUAUUAUUGAAGACCCUGCGCGUGCGGCGCCGGCGCGAGGAGCUGACGCACACAGGCAGUCUGCUGCUGGCCGCUGGCUCUCCUUUUACUCCGCCACCCAACAGUAGCUGGCUGCUUCACCAUCGGACAACGGCUGUUUCACCGAGUGUAAACCUAAGCGGUCGGCAGGGGUCAUGAGGGUGUCGGAGGCCCUGCUCGCUGUACAGAGCAGCUGAAGCAGACAUGGGCAGAGGAGUCUCGGAGAGGAUCGGAAGGCUCAGCCUCGUCGACGUCAACAGCUGCAACCACCACUGGCUACGCAACAAGCUCCCUGUAUUCGCCAGCAUCUCCCAGUAAGACUUUGCGAUGAGAAUGUCCGAUAUCGUGGACACUGAAGCGAUGAAGGUUUCUGAGACCACCGACACAGUGUCAGCGGCAAGAGACAACGCCACCAAGUCUGAGGUCUGUGACCAGAGCCAGAGCAGCAAGGACGAACACGGCAACAACAAGAAGGACAUUCAGCCUGUGAAGUACUCGAAGUCCAGUACCAGGCAAAAGCUCGUGCGGAGCCUGGCAGUGUGCGAAGAAUCCUUUCCUCCCCCUAUUCCUGAACCUUCAGCUGCACAUCAGGAUGGAUUCCUCCCCCCGGCCUUUGAAAACGAGGAGCGCGGCGCAAAGGACCAAGCCGAGAAGGAAAGCGGCGGCGACAAGGCGGACAAACCGGAGAAGGCGCCGAGGAAAAUGCUCUCAAGAGAUUCAAGUCAGGACUACACCGAUUCCACCGGCAUAGACCUCCACGAGUUCCUUGUCAACACGCUGAAGAGUAACCCCAGGGAUCGGAUCAUGUUGCUGAAGUUGGAACAGGACAUCUUGGAUUUCAUCAGCAAUAAUGAAAGCCAAAAGAGAAAGUUCCCCCCCAUGACGUCCUACCACAGGAUGCUGUUACAUCGCGUAGCAGCCUACUUUGGCAUGGACCACAAUGUGGACCCCAGCGGAAAGUCAGUGGUGAUCAACAAAACCAUCAACACUAGAAUACCCGAUCAGAAAUUCUCGGAGCACAUCAAGGAUGACAGGGCGGACGACUUUCAGAAACGCUACAUUCUCAAACGAGACAACGCCAGCUUUGAUCGCGAAGACAGCAUGAUCCGAAUGCGUUUGAAAGCUGACAAGAGGAGCAAAUCGAUGGAGGAGAGGGAGGAGGAGUACCAGCGAGCCAGAGAAAGGAUUUUUGCACAUGAUGGAGAACACUUCCUAUUAGACAGAAGUGCACAGGAGGAACACGCAUGCAUGAGCACUCAACAGAGGCGGCAAAUGUUCAGGUUGAGAGCCGGCCAUUCUGGCGCCAGCCGGCAGAGCAGCUCUGAGACGGACACGCUGCCCCGGCACAGCGAGCCGCGGCCGUGGAGCAGCACCGACAGCUCAGACAGCUCCAACCGGCUCGCCCCGCGGCCCGCCAUCACCAAGGCCAGCAGCUUCAGCGGCAUUUCCCCCGGCCUCGUGCGAGGAGACAGCACGGCCAGCAGCAAGAGCACCGGGAAGCUUUCCAAAACAGGUUCCGAGUCUUGCAGCAGUGUCGGCUCCUCGUCCAGCUCUCUGUCUCGCCCCCAUCCGCCCCUCCCGGCGUCCGCCUCCUCGCGCUGCUCCGUCCCCGGCGCCCUCCUGGUGCACCGCGCCGCCGACGCCAGAGGGCCCGGACACGCCGAGGCCGCGAAGAGCGCCGCCUCCCAGCUGCUGGCGUCGGCCAGCGACGCCACAAACUACUACAUGCUGCCGCUAGAAGCCUCAGGGAUUCCACCCGGCAGCGUCCUGAUCAACCCGCACACAGGCAAGCCUUUCAUGCACCCCGACGGCAGCGCGGUGGUUUAUAACCCGGCUGCCGGCAGGAUCCCACAGCCGGGGAAGACGCCGCCGCAGCCGGGCCACGCAGCGUCGCAGCAGCCGCCAGCCAAUCACGUUCACCCGCAGCCUGACGUCCUCAGCACGCCGUUCAGUCACAUGACCCUGUCGCAGCAGCCCUCCAGCGACGGCGGGGUGUCGGCUCCGGACGGCCGCCACUACCCCUCCCCGUACGGCCACCACCCGUCCCCCGUGCUGCUGCACGGAGCCCCACCGCCGCAGGUCGCCGGCUACAUGGUGGCAGGGCCAUCAGGGGGUCACGCCGGGGUGCUGCAGGGUCAGCACGUCCCGCUUCCUGCGACGGGCCCCAGCUACACGUAUCCCGGCUCCAACGCCGCUUUCCCCGCGCUGAGUCAGCCCCUGCUCCAGCAGCACACCUACAUCCAGCAGCCGCUGCAACAGCAGAUGUCCGCGUGCUACUGCUCAUCAGCCCACCAUUCACAGUGCUCCAACCAGCAGCAGCAGCAGCAGCAGCAUCAGCAGCAGUAUCGAGCUCCUCUCAACCAACUCACCUAUAACUGCCCUCCGAGCCAAAACCUGCCCCAGCAGCAAGUGCACCAAGCCAUGAUGCCAAGCCCAGCGUCCAGCUACCAGACCGUAGUGGGCAUGCAGCCAACACCCAGCCUCGCUCUCACUGGCAACCAGCAAAGCAAUAUGGCCAACCAGAUGCAAGGCAUGAUGGUCCAGUACCCUCCAAUGCAGUCUUAUCAGCAGGUCUCUGUUCCACAGCAGACGUACCAGCAGCCAGUGUUUGUGUCCUGCCAGCCAGGACAGGGGGCAGUGGCUGUUUCUGGCAUGCAGCCCUGCUACAGCCUGCUGCCCACCAACCAGCACACCACCAUGAGUUCAACAGUGAGUUUCCUGCCCGCCCCGAUGAUGGAGCCGCUCCAGUUUCCUCAGAGCUCGUCUCCCUGCGUCUCCCAGCAGCACCCAGGCCAACAGUACGCAGGUUUGUUACAACCAGCGCCCGGCGGAGGUAUGGUGAUGCUUCAAAUGGCCGCGCCCCCCUGCCAGCAGCCCCGGGCCCCCUCUCCCUGCCAGAGGAAGCAGCCCAGCCACAAACACUCGGGCGCCGAGCAGCAGCAGCAGCAGCGAGGCCGCAGGCCUGCUGAGCUCCCUCAGACUCCUGACAACACCCAGAGCAGCCUGCCUUCGUCUCCGGCGCUCACCCCCUCGCCCUGCCAGCCGCCCAGCAUCAAGGGCCUCUCAUCAGGCGUCUCCCCAAUCCCCGUCCUCUCCCACCACCCGCAGCUCCCUACAGCCUUCAUCCACACUGGACAAGGUGAUGCUCAUUACUCUCUACUGGGUCAGCCUCUGCAGUACAAGCCCUCCAUCAGACCACCGCUGCUGCACACCGCACACAUGGUGACCAAACACCAGGGUCCUCUGGGAGUUUGGCGUAGUGGUCAUGGAAGGAAGUCCAGCAGAAAGCCUCUAUCUUCAGACCUCAGUUGAGAAGUCAGACCCUGGAAAUGACACGUCCUCCGGCGGGGAUCAGCUGCACAGACUCCCACCGGCUCCUGGCAGAAGCUCGACGAAGCGGGGGUGGCGAAUUGAUCCAGCGGCUGUCUUGAUUAUCUCAACGCGAGCAGAGGCGCUCCCGGUGGACAUCUGGCCUCAUCACACCCCAUCUUUGCCAAACGCGCCACCUUAAAAAACUCAGAACUAGCACCGCAUUCAAAGGGUGGGAGCGGCGUGACGCGGACAAGGCCAGCUCAUAGCUGCUAGGAUAUCGGUGCACCUUUAAGGCGCCAACAUGAACCUCUGCUGCCUCAGUCUGGACCGCCUCCCAGAUACUGUCCAAAGUAUCCAAUGUUUGAAUUGUGAACAUUCACUUUUAUUUUUGUUUAAGGUUUUUACCUUUUGUUGUUUCUUCCUGGCCAACAGAUUUGUGCAAAGAGUUCAACAAAUCUACCUUUGUUCUAAUUUUUCUUUUCUUUUUUCUUGGAGGUUUUAGUUGCCGGGUCAUGUCUCUUGUGAUAGCAGGUAUAGGAGUGUGACAACACCACAUAGAGCAAGGCAUACCAAUUUGAUUUUGCCCACUUUUUGAAAUAAAACUAUUGAGGUUUGUUUAAGUUUAUGUAACUAACUUGCUUUUAUCUACUGUUGGAUACACAAGAACGCUCCCCAGCAACAUCUGUACAAUGUGAAAACACUGAAUAAUGGAGACUACCUGAAUUAUUUAAAGAACCAUCAACCAUUGUGAAUGUGGCAUUUGCACUGAAGUAAUCAAAGUGAAAGAUUUGAUUUGUAUGCGACAGAGCCUGAUUUUUUUUUUUCUUUUUUUUUCUUUAACUUCUAUUUUUGACCCUCCCAUACCUGCUUGUUGCACUCGCCAGGCUACUUUGUUUUAUAUGAUUAAAUUAAAAUGUUUAUAUGCACAAUUAAAAGGCAAAUUGAGUGCGUCACUCUUUGCUUAAUGUGUGAAACAUUAGUUCUGUUUAUGGUUGAUAUUUUCAUACUUUCUCCUGGUUUGUUUGACUUUAAUAAAUGUUUGCACCAGACACA